AUGCGCCGUCUCAUCACCCGAAGCACGGCCAACGCCGCCGCCCGAUCCGCCGCCACCGCCUCCUCCUCCUCCCCCUCCUCCCGCGGCGCGGCCUCCGUCUCCUCCAAGAUGGUCCACCAGCCGCAGAGCGCCGUGCGGCGGCUGCACGCCACGGCGCGACAGCUGAACCCGGCCCUGGCCACGACGGCGACGAGCUUCCCGACGACGCACGACAAGGUGGCCAAGGUGGAGGACACGCCCAUGUUCGUCGACAACGAGUUCCGCCCGAGCUCGACGUCGCAGUUCAUCGACCUGCACGACCCGGCCACCAACAACCUCGUCACGCGCGUGCCGCAGAUGACGGCCGAGGAGAUGACGGCCGCCGUCGACGCCGCGCAGCGGGCCUUCCCCGGCUGGCGCGCCACGAGCGUCAUGGCCCGCCAGCAGAUCAUGUUCAAGUUCGUGGCGCUCAUCCGCGAGAACUGGGACCGCCUGGCCGCGAGCAUCACGCUCGAGCAGGGCAAGACGUUCCCCGACGCCAAGGGCGACGUCCACCGCGGGCUGCAGGUCGCCGAGGCGGCGUGCGGCGCGCCGGAGCUGCUCAAGGGCGAGCUGCUCGAGGUGGCGAGGGACAUGGAGACGCGGACGUACCGCGAGCCGCUGGGCGUCGUGGCCGCCAUCUGCCCGUUCAACUUCCCCGCCAUGAUCCCGCUGUGGUGCAUCCCCAUCGCCACCAUCACGGGCAACACGCUGGUGCUCAAGCCGUCGGAGCGCGACCCGGGCGCGGCCAUGAUCCUCGCCGAGCUGGUCAGGGAGGCCGGCUUCCCCGCGGGCGUGGUCAACGUCAUCCACGGCGCGCACAAGACGGUCGACUUCAUCCUCGAUGAGCCGCGCAUCAGGGCGGUCAGCUUCGUGGGCGGCAACAAGGCCGGCGAGUACAUCUUCUCGCGCGGCUCCGCCAACGGCAAGCGCGUGCAGGCCAACCUCGGCGCCAAGAACCACGCCGCCGUGCUGCCCGACGCCAACAAGAACCACUUCCUCAACAGCGUCGUCGGCGCCGCGUUCGGCGCCGCCGGCCAGCGCUGCAUGGCGCUGUCGACGCUCGUCAUGGUCGGCGAGACCAAGGAGUGGCUGCCGGAGCUGGCCAGCCUGGCCGCGGGCCUGCAGGUCAACGGCGGGUUCGAGCCCGGCGCCGACCUGGGCCCCGUCAUCAGCCCGCACUCCAAGGCGCGCAUCGAGGACCUCAUCGCCAGCGCCGAGAAGGAAGGCGCCAAGAUCCUGCUCGACGGGCGCGGGUUCAAGCCCGAGAAAUACCCGGACGGCAACUGGGUCGGCCCGACCAUCAUCACCGACGUGACGCCCGACAUGCGGUGCUACCGCGAGGAGAUCUUCGGCCCGGUCCUGGUGUGCCUCAACGUCGCGACGCUCGACGAGGCCGUCGAGCUGAUCAACCGCAACGAGUACGGCAACGGCACGGCCAUCUUCACGCGCUCGGGCCCCACGGCCGAGACCUUCCGGCGCAACAUCGAGGCCGGGCAGGUCGGCGUCAACGUGCCCAUCCCCGUGCCCCUGCCCAUGUUCUCGUUUACGGGCAACAAGGCCUCGGUCGCGGGCGGCGGGGCCAACACCUUCUACGGCCGCCCCGGCAUCAACUUUUACACGCAGCUCAAGACGGUGACGGCGCUUUGGCAGAGCGCCGACGCCAUCUCGCAGAAGGCGGACGUGAGCAUGCCUACUAUGCACUGA